CUCGCCAAUAAAUACCCCAACACCCCCUCGCCCCCUGCUUAACAAACUAUAAGCCCUCGCGAAAAUCUCGUUCCGCUUCGUCGAGGAAACCCUAGGAGGAGGAAGAAGAAGAAGAAGAAGAGGGAGAGGAGGAGAGGUGUAGGCUGUGAGGAAAACGGAUUGUGAAGGAGGAGGAGGAGGAAAAGGAGGAGAGAGAGACGAAGAGCCCCUCGCUCCCCCUGUAAAUGUCUAAAGGGUUUGGGGAGGAUCGAAGUGGUCGGUCGGUGGCGCACGAGGUGACGCCGACUUCGUUCCUUACGGCUCUCUCCGCUCCCUCGCCGGAAAUCCGCGGCGGCGACGACGCUCGUGAUCGAUCCGGAGGGUUCAUCAAAGAAGGGUAAUCUUCUGGGCUAGUCGACCUGAUAAAUCAGGGAAUAUUGUUCAAACACUUGCUUGUCAGAAGAAGGUGAACAGGAACAAUGGCAAGGAAGGUGGAAGGCAAAGUUGCUGAGAACUCCAUCGAUACAGUGAUAUCUCCCAUAACAGAAGAUGAGUCGCUGGAUAGAAAUGGAAACCCUGUAAUCAAAGCAAGAACUGGAGGAUGGAACUCUGCUGUCUUAUUGCUAGUGAACUAUGGACUUGCAACACUUGCAUUUUUUGGGGUUGGUGUGAAUCUAGUUGUCUUCCUAAGAAGAGUACUUCAUCAAGAAACUGCCGUUGCGGCAAAUAACAUAAGCAAGUGGACAGGCACCGUAUACAUAUUCUCACUCAUUGGAGCAUUUCUCAGUGAUUCUUACUGGGGACGAUACUUAACCUGCACCAUUUUCCAGAUAAUAUAUGUUGUGGGUUUGGCGACCUUAUCUCUUGCUUCUUGGUUUUUAUUGGUGAAGCCAUCUGGAUGUGGUGAUGGAAAAGUGCUAUGUGAUCCACCAUCAACAAGCGGAACUGCGAUCUUCUACUUAUCAAUUUACAUGAUUGCCUUUGGAAAUGGUGGAUAUCAGCCCUCUAUUGCCACAUUCGGAUCGGACCAGUUUGAUGAAAUGGAUCCCGCAGAAAGGCACUCGAAGAUAUCUUUCUUCAGCUAUUUCUACUUUGCUCUGAAUGCUGGCUCUCUAUUUUCCAACACAAUCUUGGUAUAUUUUGAGGAUGAAGGGAAGUGGGUGAUUGGGUUUUGGGUUUCAACUGCUUCAGCUGCUUUGGCCUUGUUGUUCUUCUUGUUCGGGACCCCCAGUUAUAGGUACUUAAAGCCGAGCGGUAACCCAUUGACACGUAUAGCUCAAGUCUUUGUUGCUUCUCUCCAAAAGUGGGAGGUUGAGCCACCAAGCAAGGGUGAAAUGCUCUAUGAAGUCGAGGGGAAUGAGUCUACCAUUGCUGGGAGUAGGAAGAUUCUUCACAGCGAUGAACUCAGGUUCCUCGACAAGGCUGCAACCCUCACCGAGGAAGACUAUAGAGAGAACAUGGAAAAUCCAUGGAAAUUAUGCACGGUUACCCAAGUAGAAGAGGUUAAAUGCGUGCUUAAAAUGCUUCCUAUAUGGCUUUGCACUAUCAUCUAUUCAGUGGUCUUCACUCAGAUGGCCUCUUUAUUCGUCGAACAGGGGACCACAAUGAAGACUCAUGUUGGCUCCUUCCACAUUCCACCUGCGAGCAUGUCUGUCUUUGACAUCCUCAGCGUCCUUGCCUUCAUUGGUAUUUACCGCCGGAUCGUCGUGCCGGUGAUGCGCCGGCUCUCUGGAAACCCUAAGGGUUUAACAGAGCUCCAGCGUAUGGGUGUUGGGCUGGUAAUUGGGAUGUUAGCCAUGGUAGUUGCGGGAGUGCUCGAGAUAGAGCGGCUUAAAAGGGUCAGUGUGCCUAACAUGCCGAGCUCGCUCAGUAUUUUGUGGCAGAUCCCCCAGUAUGCCCUAAUUGGGACAUCAGAGGUUUUUAUGUAUGUCGGACAGCUAGAGUUCUUCAGUGGGCAGGCACCCGAUGGGGUCAAGAGCUUUGGGAGCUCUCUCUGCAUGGCUUCAAUUUCUCUCGGGAAUUAUGUGAGCAUUGUGUUGGUUACAAUUAUCACAAGUGUGACUGCUACGUCCCAGAGGCCCGGCUGGAUACCUGGGAACCUCAAUUCAGGCCACCUUGAUAGGUUUUACUUCCUUCUUGCGGCACUAUCAUUCAUUGAUUUUGUGGCCUACGUGAUGUGUGCGAUGUGGUACAAGGGCAUCAAGUUUGCUGCCACUGAGGAGGACGAAGAGAAUAUUCUGAACCAAGUCUAGGCAAUAAUUAAUAAGAAUUAGGUGAUAAUGAAGUUGAAUAAGAGAUCUUCGAGUUUCUGCAGGGCGUCAUAUUUAAGAACUUUCGAGUAGAGAAUAGAGUGAACAACCAUUCUUUAUGUAGAAAUUCAGUUUAUCUUAUAUUUCUUUGGACUGAAGCUUUAUCUUUAGAAUUUUAUCUUAAUGGUACUGCAUUGGUUUGGUGGGAAGAUGUUUCUUCUGUUCAUAAUCAAUUGUUUUAGUGAUGUAAUUAAGUUGUGUAGCAAAUCCAUCAGGCGAGAGCCGCUAUAUUUCUGUCCUGAUGGGCAUGUGAUUUUUUUUUUUUUUUUUUUAACCCUUCUUGUGCAGUAUAUCUAUAGAACAAAGGUGACGAUAUUGUUUGGCAA